AUGGAGGAGGCCGAGGGGAGGCGGGUCACCAGCCCGGCCAUGCUGCGGCAGCGCAGGCAGCUGAGGUGGGAGAUGUGCCGCGCCGCGUACGCGCUCGACGCGCUGAGGAUACGGAACGCCGCGGCGGCGGCGGCGAGCCGCCGUCGUCGUCGCCGGUGCCAGCCGCUGCUGCUCAGCUUGGGCGGCGACGGCGACGCCACGGUCAUGGAGAGCCUGGAGGCCGCGCUGGGCGGCGCCAAGGAGCUCGUCGUGCUCCUGGCCGGCUGCCCUCGCCUGAGCCGGCAGCCGUACAGCGCCUACCUGUUCAUGGAGCGGUGCAUGUUUGGGCGGCAGAUGGAGAAGGAGCAGAUCGUCGACUUCCUGCUGCGCCCGGCGUGCUCGUCGGCCGGUGACCCGAAUCCCGGCGUCCUCCCCGUCGUCGGUGGUCCGGAGGUCGGGAAGCGGACGCUGGUCGAACACGUCUGCAUCGACGAGCGGAUUAGGCAGUACUUCGCCAAGAUCCACCGUCUCAGCAGCGAUGAUCUGAUGGCGGCCGGCGACGACGACGAGCACCGGAGAUUCGGCAUCGAUCCUAGCGCAAGGUCCCUUGUCGUGGUCGACGUCGUCGGCGACGUGGAAGAGGAGCCAUGGAGGAGGUUGUGCUCGUCCGUUCGCCGGGAGAACGGGGACGGCAAGGUGGUCAUCAUCUGCAGGACGGCGGAGCACGCGGCGCGCCUGGGCACGGCGCCGCGGCCGGUCACACUGGACAACCUGCGCCGGCCUGAGCUCUGGUACAUGUUCCGCGUCCUCGCGUUCGGCGGCGCCGACCCGGAGGAUCGGCCGGAGCUGGUCGCCAUCGCCGCGGAGCUCUUCGAGGGCGUCAAGCACUUCGCGAUGAUCGCCGCCGUGAACGCGCACGCCGCGGCGCUGCGCGCCGACAUGACCGCGCGUUCGUGGCGCCGGAUCGCGCGGGCGGCCAUCGACGCCCACGGCGGCCGCGGCGAGCACGGCCCGGUCAGGGACGAGGACGACUCGUACUACUUGUACAGGCCGUCCAUGGACGGUCCGCACUGCCUGUUCUACGGCAGGCGCAAGCUGACGACGUGGACGCCGGCGGCGAGCACGACACCGACGGUGACGAUGCAGGACCUGCUCAGCGGCCGCGUGGUGCCCGGCGUGGACACGCCGCGCUUCGACGUGCUGGUGUGGCGAUCUCCCAUACCACCGCACUGCAGCUACGUAGCAACGUGCGACAUGGGAAGAGCGCAGCAGUUCGUCGUGGCUUCUGGCGGCAGGAGGCCAUUCGAGAGGAGAAAGCCGAGCGGGAAUUUGGAUCAUGGUGAGUGCCUUAACAAGAAGAGGCGGCCAAUGUAUAGUGGGGAUGGCUAA